AUGAAUACGACCCCUGGUUUUGUAAACCAACUGAAUAGUCAAUAUUCAGUAGACCUUGAAUCCCCCGAACCCGUUUGGUUGAGUGGUCCCAUUGGUCCCAGUCAAGAUGAGUCUGCUGUGAAGGUGAGGAGUAAAUGGUCUCCCAAUGACGAUAAAAUCCUCAUUGGUGCUUGGCUCAACACCAGUAAAGAUCUUGUGGUGAGCAAUGACCAGAAAGCUAACACGUUCUGGAGCAGGAUCGUAGACUACUACAACGCAAGCCCCCAGCUGGUGGGAAGAAAGCCUAGGCUGCUUGGUCAGUGCAAGCAGAGGUGGUCUAGGAUUAAUGAGCAAGUCUGCAAGUUCGUUGGAUGCUACGACGCGGCUUUGAGGGAGCAGAGAAGUGGUCAAAACGAAGAUGAUGUGAUGAAAACUGCACUAGACCGCUUCUUCAAUCAGCACUCGGUGAGAUUUAGCAUGGAACAUGCCUGGAGGGAGCUGAGGCAUGACCAGAAAUGGUCCUCCACUUUUGUGGCUAAGGACGGUGGGAAGGAUAAGUGCAAAGUCUUGGAGGUUGAUACACAAGACGAAGUGGGAGAAGAGGCUAGACCUAUGGGGGUUAAGGCUGCUAAAGCGGCUGCUAAGAAGAAGAAGAGUGGUAAAGAAGAGGCUCUGACGAAGAUAGAGGCCAUCAUGCAAGUGAAAAAAGAAAUCUCAACACAGAACCUCCUUGAACGUCUACUUGCCAAAAAAGAGCCUCUCAAUGAGAUGGAAACAACUCUUAAACUCAAACUUAUGUUCAGCAGUAGGCAUGUGAACCAAGUCACGGGUGCUUUGGAGAUGGGAAAGUCUUUUGGUCUUUGGCACAUGUGA